AUAUGAUGUAUAUACAUACAUACCUACAUACAUACAUGUGCAAUUUGCAUUGAAUUGAAGGUGUUACUGGGAUGGAAGUUUUGUUAAUAAUUUAAUGUGUCAGGCAUGAAAAGAGUUAUAGACUAAUUUAUUCGUACCGGUAUUUUCAUGACCAAGAACACGUAAGUGUUAUUUAUUAAAAAUUUAUCAAGAUGAUGGAAGAUAUGCAAGAAGAGACCCAGUUUGUGGUAGACGAUGUCAGCAAAAUCAUCAAGGAAGUAAUUGAAGUGUCUAUUGGUGGAAAUGCUUAUCAACAUAAUAAAGUAAAUCAAUGGACAUCUAAUGUCGUUGAAGCAUGCUUGGGAAAUCUUACAAAAUUACAAAAGCCUUAUAAAUAUAUAGUAAAUUGUGUUAUUAUGCAAAAGAAUGGUGCUGGUUUGCACACUGCAAGCUCCUGUUUUUGGGAUAAUGCUACUGAUGGUAGCUGUACCGUUCGUUGGGAAAACAAGACAAUGUAUUGUAUUGUCUCAGUGUUUGGUCUAGCAAUUUAAUUUAAUUUACUACUUAAAAUACAUUUUCAUAAAGGAAAAAGAAUGAAAGACAAGUAAUUUCAUUCAGCUUUAAUAGUACUUUUUUUAAUGUCAAUAUUAUGUACUAUUAAUAUUGCAAAUACAAUAUUUCCCUUUGCACAUUAAAAAUUAUAUUUACUAUUCAAAA